ACAAAAAACAAUAAAACAAAUUCUUACUAAAAUUAGAAUGGGGGAGCAAAAUGUUAAAGUGUUGGGAAAUUGGGGGAGUCCAUUUAGUAGAAGGGUAGAAAUGGCCCUUAAAUUGAAGGGUAUACCUUAUGAUUACCAAGAGGAAGAGCCUUAUGGUAACAAAAGUCCGGAACUUUUGAAGAGCAAUCCAGUUUAUAAGAAAAUUCCUGUGUUGAUACACAAUGGGAAGCCAAUUGCGGAGUCCCAAGUGAUCUUGGAGUAUAUUGAUCAAGUUUGGGAUGGUUACUCUAUCUUGCCUACGGAUCCUUACCAGAGGUCUCUAGCACGUUUUUGGGCUAAAUUUAUUGAUGAUAAGGCAAUGCCAUCGCUUUGGAAUGCAAUGUGGGCGAAAGAGGACGAACAAGAGAAGACACUCAAGGAAGCAAAAGAGAAUUUAGAGAUGCUCGAGAAAGAGAUUGAAGGGAAGAAGUUCUUUGGAGGGGAAAAUAUUGGUUUUGUUGACAUUGUUGCAAACUUCAUUGGCUUUUGGUUAGGAACCAUCCAACAAGUUUUAGGGAAGGAAAUACUUACUAAAGAGACUUAUCCACAUUUAAGCAAUUGGGCAGAGGAAUAUGUAAAUUGCGACAUCAUCAAACAAAAUGUGCCUCCAAAAGAACGUCUAUUUACCCUUUUCAAGCUACGUCACGAAGCUGGAUUUUAAGUAGUAAAUUACUACGUAUGUUAUACGGAUUACGGACUACUUGUAAUACAUCUUUUUAACAAGUUUUAUCCUUUUGUUUUCAAUAAAAAAUCAAGUUUCUUAGCAUAAA